AUGGAACAUAAUUCUAUUCAUAAAACAAUAGUGGGAGUUGCUGCUUCAGCAUUGGCUUUUGGGGCUCUUUGGAUUCACAGAAUAAAAUCUAGAAAGCAAAUAAGUCGUCAAUGUCAGGUGAAUCGAGAUGAUGAAAGAGAAAAUUACAUCAAUAGUAUUUUAUAUACAGCUGGUUGGGAAGGCAGUGCACAUGAUUCUCGUAUUUUAACUGAUGCAUUUGCACGCCCAAGAGGAUUUAGUAUUCCAGAAGGUAAAUAUUAUCUUGCUGAUGCUGGAUAUGGCAUCCGAAAUGGAAUUAUCUCUCCAUAUCGUGGUGUUCGAUAUCAUUUAAAAGAGUUAAGUAAUCAUCGUCCAGAAAAUGCGAAGGAACUUUUUAAUCUUCGUCAUUCAUCAUUGCGAACAACUGUUGAGCGAGUGUUUGGAAUUUUAAAGAAACGUUUUCGUGUGUUAGAUGCUGAACCAUUUUGGGAUUUUCAAACACAGAUAGACGUAGUCUUGGCUUGUACUAUCAUUCAUAACCAUAUAAUGGGAGUUGAUCCUAAUGAUAUAAUUAAUGAAGGAAUGUAUGAGGAACUUGAGCCUUAUUCGAUAACAUCAAUCCUUACACAACGAGAAGAGAGAGAAGAAGCUAGAGAAUGGGCUAGUAAAAGAGAUGAAAUUGCAGAAGCUAUGUAGAUUGAUUAUAUAAAUAUAAAUAUGUAAUUAGUUGAUAUUUAUUCCAAGUAUUUCUAUGUUACGUAUGAUGGAUAUUGUUGUUUUUAGUUUGUUGGAAAUUGAACUUGCUACUGUUUUAAGCUCGUAGAACAUUGAA